AUGGAUCCUACUGAGUUAGAGUUUAUCGCUGAGGAUGAGCUCGUAACUAUUAUACCUCGAGUUCGAAUGGAAACUGUUGAUCUUCUCGAUUUGCAGGUCGGAGUUGGUCCAUUUCAACCCAAUGUACCUGUUGAUGUUCCAUACUGGAUCGCAUUCUUUCUUCGCCAGCAGCAAAAAUGCCGCAUAAUGCCUCCUUCGUGGUUUUCAUUAACAAGAUUAACUGAAUUCAAGGAAGCGGAAGACAACGAUACUGGUUGCACUACCCCUCCCCAUCCCCAUUAUGCGGAAUUGGCAAUUCUCCUUCUCCAGCAUGCCUCAGACGAUAUUUCAGACCGUGAAGAAAUUCGUACUCUUGUUAAAGACAUCUGGGACGCUCGAGUGGGGAAAUUUGUGGCAUCUGUAAACAGUUUUAUUCUCAGUGGUGCUGUUACUGCUCGUGUUUCACAACUCACACCCUUGGAGUUAUCUACCGCUAGGAAUCUACUUACUAACUCUCUUGACCAGCUAGCUGUUAUUCGCGCAACCAGACAACAAUAUGAAAGUAGAACUAAUCUUUCUCAAAGCAGUUUCUCAAUGACAGGUGCAUAA